AUGGCGGACUCAGCUGCCCCAUCGGACGCGGAAGUUCCGCCGCAAGUCGCCGCGGCGGGCGUUUCCGGCCCCGCGGAGCCUUCUGCCGCGGAGGAAGCGGAGCGGCCGGCGGAAGGGGGGGAAGGAUCGGCGGCGGACGCGAUGAAUGCGGCGGAAGUCGCGGCGAAGAAGGCGAAGCGCGACUCUGCGUCGUCAUCGUCUGUUGCUGCUGAACCCGACUCCAUCCCUGCUGAGUCCCCCACUGCUGCUCCCGCCGCUGCUCCCGCUGCAGCUGAGGAGCCUCAGGAAGCUUCCGCUGCUGCUCCCCCUACCGAGCCUUCCCCCGCCGCCCCCCCUGCGCGCCCGACGGUGUACAGGCUGCGCCAGGCGCACAGUGUGCUGUUCUCGGAAGCUUCCGCGUACUUGCUGGGAGAGGAGGGGUGCGUGCUGGUGCUGCAGCGGGGCGACCUCACCAAGUGGUUCGUGGACGGGCGCACCGAUGCUAUAGUGAAUGCAGCCAAUGAGAGAAUGCUGGGAGGAGGGGGAGUGGACGGAGCCAUCCACAGGGCAGCGGGGCCGGGCUUGGUGAGGGAGUGCAAGGCGGUGCCGGAAGUGAGCAGAGGAGUGCGUUGCCCCACAGGGCAGGCUGUGUGCACGGGGGCGGCCGAGCUGCCAGUGAAGCACGUGGUUCACACGGUGGGGCCCAUCUACACCUCGCCACAGCGCUCUGCACCGCUGCUGCACUCCGCCUAUGUCCGUUCCAUGGAGGAGGCUCGCAAGGCGCAUGUCAAGUUCAUCGCCUUCCCGGCAGUUUCGUGUGGCAUCUAUGGGUACCCGUUUCCCGACGCUGCCCAGGUGUCACUCAAGGCGCUUCAAGCAACCUGUACCGGCUUUUCAGAGGUACAUUUCGUUCUAUUCAACGAGGAGGGCAUGGAUGCAUAUGAAGGAGCAGCGGAGGACUUGCAGCUGCCGCCUCUCGAGAUCCAAGAGGAAGCCUGA